GCAGGCCUAUGACGAUGAGCCAUGAGCCGUAAAGAAGAGCAGCCGAAAACCCAACAAGCUUCAAGUACCGCUCAGCCAAGUGCACGCUACUUUACUUUAGCUCACCAGCAUCGAGGCAUCUGGGCAUCUGGGCAUCUGUGCAUCUGUGCAUGCGAGAUCUAUCGCAAAAAAAAAAAAGGACUUGACCAUCUUAGGUUCCUUCUUCCUUUUCAUUAAAGCUCAUCUGAUACUUGGGUAGAUUUCUUAUUUUUAACUACCGUUAUUCUGAACCUUUCCUUCGUCACUUUUUAUUGUUUUUGUCAUAUCGUCACAUCGUGACAUCUAACACAACACGCGCAUCUUGAAUCAAUCCCCCGAAAACUUAAACUUCGAGGCUUCAACCACAUCCUAUUCAUCUAACUUAUUCAUAAACCUCCAACUAUUCUAUUAAGUACAGUCUCGAAUAUCCCUUUGCAUCCUGCAUCCUGCAUCCUCAACCUACGCAGUUCGACUUCCUGACGACACCGACAGGCCCGAUCGCGUUAGCGAAGUGUUCCUACGCCAUGAAAGUCCCCACGAUACAUGCGGCAGAUGCCGUGCUACUUCUAUCCUUAUUAGCAGCUCCUCUACCAACAGUCGCAAUGCUCAACUGCGAAUCUGUCGUUGCUGAUAAGCAAAUCUUCAACCUUAAGGCUCUCGGAGGCCCGCACUCCAUCAUGACGAGUCGCAUCCUAGACGGCAAAGUUCAUAAUAUGACAUAUACCGUAGAUAUUUGUCGAUCCCUUGGCAAGAAGAAAGGUGCGAAGAAGGGCGAAGAAUGUCCUAAUGGAACUCGAGUAUGCGCCAUCAAACGCGUAGACGACCAUAUCGACAAAGCUAUACCGAUCGCCGGCGAAUUAAGAGACCAUGGCGGGGGUAGUUUGGAUCAUGAGGUGACACGGCUCAAGACCUCGGAUUCAAAUUCAGACUCGAAGAAGGAGGGUGUGCUCCUAGUGAUGAAGGGCGGCAUGGACAGGACAGACAGCGGAGGAAAACGAUGGCAGAGAGCCAUCAUAGAAUUUCUCUGCGAUAAAGAUCGCAACGGGACCGAAGGCGAAUACGAUCCUACCGACGACAAAUAUGAACCUAGCCCCGACCCGGCUAUGGCUCGGGUAAACCCGCUCCUAUUUCGAGCUGAGAACGGCGACGGAGAUGGCGGAGACAACAAUGGCAAUGGCGACGGUGGUGGUGAUGACGAGCCACCUAAAGAGGUUCAACUCGGCCUUGAGAACGACCCGAGUCUGAAAUUCAACAGCUACGAACCGCUAAGCGAGGACGGGAAUAUCGAUGUCCUACGGCUGACCUGGUUAUCUAAAUAUGCUUGCGAGAAUAGGGACAACGAUGACUCGGGUGAAAGCCCAAGUUCGCACUGGGGUUUCUUUACGUGGCUGGUUAUCAUCGUCUUCCUUGGAACCGCGGCUUAUCUCGUCUUUGGUUCGUGGCUCAACUACAAUCGCUACGGGGCUCGAGGCUGGGACCUCAUCCCGCAUGGCGACACUAUCCGCGAUAUUCCGUACCUACUUAAGGACUGGACUAGGAGGGUGCUUAACACCGUGCAGGGAAGCGGGAGUCGCGGAGGCUACAGCGCAGUUUAAAUGUGGCGGGAGGUGGGAUAUGAAUGGUUUCGUACUUGCGAAUAUGAGAUUGUCGUUCUAUACGGAACGUCUGGUGAUUCCGCUUGUCCGAUUCUUUUUGGCGUUUGACGGCGGCAUAUGGGUUGGCCUAGAGCCAUGUGUGAUGCGGUUCCUUGUAUCAUAGGUUAGGAAAUUAGAGAUGGAUCCGUAAUAGUAUUUCUGUGCAUUACUCUCCUUUCAUCUUGUGUGGACACUCUAGAGAUAGCUAGGUUAGAACGAUUGAAAGGUAUGAGGUAGCAUAGUAUGUCAUGGGUAGGCUAAGUAAGUAGGCAGGUUACCCCUGAAUACGAGUCCUCUACGGUUCCCUUUUCUAUAUACCUCUGUCGAGACUUGGCAGUAAAGGGGGAAGCUAUGUAUUACUAGUAUACCAAUAUAUGUUCUAUACAGCACAACGUAGC